CUGACACCGCCUUUCCGCCAUCUUCAACUUCCUAUUGUUUGCAUCAGACUGGAGCUGUCCGUGUUGUGUACGCGACACACAAACAUUUUUUAGUACGCAUUUGUAGCCCUGGUCUUCCUGUUUCGGUCGCUUAAAGUUCAGCACAAGGCAUUUGUAUGUCAUUAAUUUAAAGGGCUCUCCGGACGCGACCACUAAACCUUGAUGAUGAUGAUGGAGGACGAACAACCCAGAACCUUGUAUGUGGGAAAUCUGUCCAGAGAUGUUACCGAGCCCCUCAUUCUGCAGGUCUUCACACAGAUAGGACCCUGCAAAAGCUGUAAAAUGAUUGUUGACACGGCUGGAAACGAUCCAUACUGUUUUGUGGAGUUCUAUGACCACAGGCAUGCUGCCGCCUCACUGGCAGCGAUGAAUGGAAGGAAAAUAAUGGGUAAGGAAGUCAAAGUCAACUGGGCCACGACGCCGACAAGCCAGAAAAAAGACACGAGUAAUCACUUUCAUGUCUUCGUUGGAGACCUCAGCCCAGAAAUAACUACAGAAGAUGUCAAAGCUGCCUUUGGGCCUUUUGGCAGGAUAUCGGAUGCACGUGUGGUUAAAGAUAUGGCUACAGGGAAAUCAAAAGGCUACGGCUUUGUGUCUUUUUUCAACAAAUGGGAAGCGGAGAACGCCAUUCAGCAGAUGGGUGGCCAGUGGCUAGGAGGGAGACAGAUCCGAACUAACUGGGCCACGAGAAAGCCCCCUGCGCCAAAAACCACUUAUGAAAGUAACUCCAAGCAUCUGUCUUUUGAUGAAGUAGUCAACCAGUCCAGCCCCAGUAAUUGCACCGUGUACUGUGGCGGUGUAAGCACAGGACUGACGGAACAACUAAUGAGACAGACCUUCUCUCCUUUCGGGCAAAUUUUGGAAGUCAGAGUUUUCCCCGAUAAAGGUUAUUCGUUUGUAAGGUUUAGCUCUCAUGAGUCAGCAGCCCAUGCCAUUGUGUCUGUGAAUGGAACCGCAUUAGAGGGCAACAUGGUCAAGUGCUAUUGGGGUAAAGAGAACCCAGACAUGAUGAAUCCAGUGCAGCAGAUGCCGGUGCCUCAGCAGAACAAGAUGAGCUUCCCUGCAGCCCAGCCCUACAACCAGUGGGGUCAGUGGUACAGUAAUGGGCCUCAGAUCAGCCAGUAUGUCCCAAACGGGUGGCAGGUUCCCACCUAUGGUGUCUAUGGUCAGGCCUGGAACCAGCAGGGCUUCAACUCCUCACCUUCAUCUUGACAGGGUGGAGGAACUUUGAUUUCUUUUUUUUUUUUUGUUUGAGCCCAUUUCUGUCAUCCCCGAGCAUUUCACCUCUGGAUCAGGUGUUUGUUCCAGCAUUGCGAUUCUGUUUGUCUCAUUUGAGUUGUAAGUUCAGUUUUUAAAACAUUUUGACUUGUUUAAAAUUGGGUUUCAUUCACUGUCCACCGCCCCCCCCAAGGCUGGUUAACAACUGCAAUGAAGGUUUAUGGUCUUUAAGAAGUUAAGUUUAUUUACAAUGGUCAGUGUCACGGGAACACUUCAUCACACAUACCAACCUAUUGAACGAAAUAUUCAGGUUUAUACUCUAGCUGUCCACAGAUACUAUAUGAAGCAUAAUCAAGAUAAUCCAAUUGACACCGAAAACAAUAACCAUGUGACAAUACCAGUCCGAUCCCGAAAGCUGAUUUUGCAUAUCUGCCGAUAACAUUACAAGUUUGAUACCAGAGCUACAUUACAGCAAACGUCGCUAGAAGAAUAGCAUCGAACGUAGCUGUCUCCACAUGUGCAGUACCACAUGUUUUCUCCGGGUACUCCGGUUUCCUCCCACAUUCCAAAAACAUGCUAGGUUAAUUGGCGACUCCAAAUUGUCCAUAGGUAUGAAUGUGAGUGUGAAUGGUUGUUUGCAUAUAUGUGCCCUGUGAUUGGCUGGCCACAAGUCCAGAGUGUACCCCACCUCGAAGACAGCUGGGAUAGGCUCCAGCACCCCCCGUGACCCUCGUGGGGAAAAGCGGUAGAAAAUGAAUAUUUAUAGAGCCCUCUAGACAUGAAAUAACACCCCUAUAGUCAUCUUUCCAUUCAUAUUACCCAUUAUAGUUGACUCUGUUGCUGUUGCUGUUUUGGCAAUUCUCACAGCUCGGAGUGUGAUUGGCUGGCCACCAGUCCAGGUAAAAACAUGCUAGGUUAAUUAGUGACUCCAAAUUGUCCAUAGGUAUGAAUGAGAGUGUGAAUGGUUGUUUAGAUACAUGUGCCCUGUGAUUGGCUCACCACCAGUCCAGGUAAAAACAUGCUAGGUUAAUUAGCGACUCCAAAUUGUCCAUAGGUGUGAGUGUGAAUGGUUGUUUGUUCUAUAUGUGCCCUGUGAUUGGCUGGCCACCAGUCUAGGUAAAAACAUGCUAGGUUAAUUAGCGACUCCAAAUUGUCCAUAGGUAUGAAUGUGAGUGUGAAUGGUUGUUUGUUCUAUAUGUGCCCUGUGAUUGGCUGGCCACCAGUCCAGGGUGUACCCCACCUCUCGCCCUGAAGACAGCUGGGAUAGGCUCCAGCAUACCCACGACUUUUGUGAUUCUAAGUGGUAGAAAAUGAAUGAAUUAAUAUAUAUACUGAAAAAUAGUUAAAUUUUGUACCUACUGCUAUCCAGUGGAAAAAAAUAUGAACAAAAGAUACAUGAAAUUAAAGUAAUCCUAAUUUUCAAACCAAUGCAAUGAUAUUGGGUAAUAUCCCAUGGUACUCCUGAAGAUCUGGCUGUGUCAAGUAUCAGGCAAAGCACCUUUUUUGUAUGCGUGUGUAGCAAAGCGAGUACGUGUGGAGAUGGCUACGUUUGCUGAUACUCUUUUUUAUUUUUUUUUAUUUUUUUUAUUUUUUUUUUGGCUGCACCGAUAUUCUUGUCGCCAUGUUUUGCUGACAACAUGAAAGCACCUAACAAUUGAUCAACAGUGCCUUGCUAUUGCUUAGCUUCAAACAAGGACGUUCUCAUAGGUAAGUGUAUCAUCAGCAGAUUGCAGCUUGGGUAUUCAGAGUCUGGCCUUCCUGUCACAUGAUACAUUUCGGUCUUGUGACUCGUCCCGUUUGUGCAGCGCACAAUUUAUUUUCAGUUGUAACAAAAUUAGAGAAAAAUUUUUUUGGAUUUUGGUGCCACAACACAUGAAUAUCCUUAGCGUCCCAUUGUGAUGAUUAAGUGUUCCCUUUUUUUUUAAUUUAAAAUUUGAGAUGUGCUUUUAUGUCCCUCAUGUCAUUGAUACACUACGUGGAAAUGUUUAAUUUGUACAUGAAUGUCAAAGAUGUUUUUUUUUUUUUAAUAAUUCUAUUCAGAUUACAGCCAAUGUACAUUGACAUUUUGUGCAGCCCCUUUAAAUAAACCAAGCGUUUGUUGUACACAG